AUUUAUUUCAGCCUACUUCAAACAAAUAUGUGCACAUGGAAUGAGCAGUUUUAAACUUGCCUUGAACGGUGUUUAUUGGAUUAAAUGCUAAAAGUUUCAAUGAGACAUGGCUUCAUUGGGAACGAAAGACCAAACGUUUACAUCAUCAAUAACUUCUAUUGGAUCUGAAGAAGACAUAACAAUUUUCUGUCUUCCUUGUGACAGAGAGGGACCUAGGUUUCCUGCACAUGGCUACUGCAUACAAUGCAAAGAACAUCUAUGCGAAUCUUGUUUCAAACACCACAAGAAACAUAAACUGUCAAGACAUCAUACACUCCUGGAUAAAGACAGCAUGCCACAAAGCCAACGCCUUUCUUCAUCAACUAUCCAUACAAGGAUACCUGAUGAUCUUACAAAACCUUGCCAUAAACACGAGAAAGAGAUUAUUAAGUUCUACUGCCACGAUCAUAAAUUGCUACUCUGCAGUGUAUGUAUUACCCUUGAACACCCUGUUACGGCUUGUAAUGUUAACUACAUUCCUGAAAUUUCUGGACAGAUUAUCAACAGCAAAAAUUAUACAGACACGCUGAAAACCAUGGAUACUAUUUCUAAUCAAAGUCAAAAAAUAUCACAGUGUGUGCAGAAACUGACAGCAAAAUCUAAUACUUCAUUAGCAAAUGUAUUAGCAGAAAUCCAGACAUUCAGAGAGAAAAUAAACCAAAGACUAGAUGAACUGGAAAGAAAGGCUGAAGAUGCUGCCAAGUCCAUCCAAAAAGAUAACAAUAUGAGAAUGAAGACGCUCCAAACAGCAUGCGAUGACGUUACCAAAUCUCUGAAGACGUCAAUGGACUCCAUCAAAGAUCUUAACACAUCCAAACAAUCGGACAAACUAUUUGUGAAAUUGAAAGAAGCUGAACAAAUCAUCAAAACCAAGAAGAACACCAUUGAGAAGUUAGCUGUGUUUGACAUAGAGGAAUACAGCUUUCAACCAAAUAAAGCAAUUCCCUUUCUGCUUGAAAAGGAACAGUCUUUAGGGUCAUUGUUACAGAAAACGUUGAAACAUGAAUACUUUCCACCAACCGUUGAUUUAAAAUCCAGAAAGAUUUCAUACCAAGAUGAAAUCUGUGUUAAGACAUCAAAAGACAAAAAGAUUUGCUGGGUGACAGGUAUGACUCUUCUUAAUCCUGCUCUUCUUAUUAUCACUGACCACGACAACAAUUCAGUGAAAAUGAUUGAUACCCGCAGCAAAUCUGUUGCAGGUCAAAUACAGCUAGAUGUUAAUCCUUGGGAUGUCACCUCUGUUACCAGUAAUAAACUUGCUGUCACAUUGCCAAACACACAAACAAUUCAGUUCAUAUCAGCCUUCUCGGACAAACUCGCAAAGAAAAAUACUUUGAAGGUUGAUGGACAAUGCCAAGGCAUAAGUUGUUACCAAGGUAAAAUUGUAGUGACCUUUAGUGAUCCUGCAAAACUUCAGAUCCUUGAUGUUGAUGGCAAUGUGUUGACAAGCGUCUUAGGUCAGAACAUGUUCCGGUACCCUGAGUAUGUCACAGCUAGCAGUAAUGGUAUUUACACAUCUGACUGGGAACUGAAAACUGUUACAAGAUUAAACUGGCAAGGUGAUGUGAUUGGUGGCUAUGGUGGUCUUGGUGAGCCUAGCGGUAUUGCUUUAACAGACGAUGGAACGGUUGUUGUGGGUGACAAUAACAAACAUGUUAUAAAAGAGAUAACAUGUGACUGUUUUCAAGAAAAAAUCAUUUUAAGAGAUAUGAAAUGUGCACGGGCAGUCUGCUGGUGCACUGAACAAAAUGUCUUAUACUUUAGUAGUGAGUCUGUUAAUAAAAACAAUUUCCUUCAAAUCUACAGGAUCUCUUAAUAUACUGUUUAGACUGACUGCGAACAGUAGCAAAUACAAAUCAAAAUAUUUAAUUGCCCAUGGGAAGGAUACUUUGUAUAUAUGUUUUGAUUAUGAUUGUUAUUGUGAAUGCUCAUGUCACACUACUGUACAAAUUUCUCGUCUUGUAUUACUCUUUCUUACAUGCUAGUUUUGAAUAACCUCCCUGUAAAGAAAUUGAUGAAGUUUAUGUUUUUAUCUUUAGCAACCCAAUCCAAUCAAAAUAUGUAUCUUCGUAAUGAACUUUUAACCUUUAGCUUGCUGGCGGCAAAUUAUUCUGUCUUUGCGACCGGUGCAGACCAAGAUCAGCCUGCACGGACACGCAGGCUGAUCAUGGUCUGCACAGUUCGCUAUUCAAUGAAUUUUCAGUGAACAUCCCUUUGAAUAAUAAGUGGUAUUGCCCAAAUUGAAUGAUGCACCAGUCUAUUUUAGAAAUUUAGCAGGCUAAAUGUUAAUGUGGCAGUCCAUCUAUAAAGGUAGAGAGAAAUUACGGAGGCGGUGGGCAAUGACUACUACAUUAAGGGUUAUGUAUCAUUUAAUUAAUUAAAAGUAUGCAAAGUAAUUUUCAAUGUUAUCUUUAGCAUUAACUUGAAAGAAUUUAAAACGGUAUAAAUAUAUACAAUCAUUGCGCGUGGUAAUAAAUACAUUGCAAAGCAUUUAGGUAGAUGUAUCUCAAUACUUUCUACGUGCAAAUGAAGCCUUUUGAAAUUUAGAAUAUUGAGUUGUUUCCCUUAUAAUUAUGCAUGUAUUUGUCACUUUCGAAUAGCAUGAUUAUGUCUGCUGUAUCAUACGCUACUUUUUCAACAGUUAUCAAGCCGGGCUGAUAAUCGGUUAUGAAAAAGCUUAAUAAAACAAUCGCAAUAUAAAUAUUGCUGAACACACAGGUGUUUUAAUGAAUAUAAAUAGAUAGUAAUCCUUUAUCAUUGAUCAAAGAGCAGGCGAAGUG